AUGUGCAUCGCCAUCCCUCACCUCCCCAUCCCUCCCCUCCCCAUCCCUCCCCUCCCCAUCCCUCCCCUCCCCAUCCCUCCCCUCCCCAUCCCUCCCCUCCCCAUCCCUCACCUCCUCAUCCCUCACUUCCCCAUCCCUGCUGCUGUUGCUGUAAAUGAUGCGGAAACCCGCCCUCUGUCCCCCUCUCCGUCUCACCAUCCUCGCCACUCCCCUGUCAACACCACCCCAUCCCAUGCCACCAGGGACGGGUCAGACGCGGGGCAAAAGAGGGUUGGCGUGCGACCCGCAACACCGCUGUCACGGGCUUACCGUCAACCUGAGUCGGGGGCGCCGCGACAUCUUGAGAGCCACCAUCUCCGCCUCACCCCAUACCGCCUCAUCCCCUUCCGCCUCAUCCCAUACCGCCUCCCCCAUUCCGCCUCACCCCAUACCGCCUCACCCCAUUCUACCUCACCCCAUCCCCGCCUCCCCAUCCCUUCCCUCCCCAUCCCUCACCUCCCCAUCGCUUCCCUCCCCAUCCCAGCCUCCCCACCCCUUCCCUCCCCAUCCCUCAACUCCCCAUCCCCGCCUCCCCAUCUCUUCCCUCCCCAUCCCUCUCCCCCAUCCCGCACCUCCCCAUCCUUCAUCUCCCCAUUCCGCCUCACCCCAUCCCAACCUCCCCAUCCCUUGCCUCCCCAUCCCUCACCUCCCGAUCCCCGCCUCCCCAUCCCCUCCCUCUCCAUCCCUCAUCUCCCCAUCCCUCUCCUCCCAGUCUCUCAUAUUACCAUCCCUCUUCUCCCCAUCCCUCAUCUCCCCAUCCCUCAUCCCCCCAUCCCUCAUCUCCCCGUCCGUCCACACCCCAUCUCCUCCACACCCCAUCUCCUCCACACCCCAUCUCCUCCACACCCUAUCUCCUCCACACCCCAUCUCCUCCUUACCCCAUCUCUUCCACCCCCCAUCUCCUCCUCACCCCAUCUCCUCCACACCCCAUCUCCUCCACACCCCAUAUCCUCCACACAUCAUCUCCUCCUCAUCGUCGCCUCCAGAGACGGGGUGGACGUGGAGCAUAGGAGUGUGGCUGUUCAACGACUCAAGCUCAAGACAUCAGUUCUUGGACCAUCGUUAUGUGAUACUAGCAGGUUCCCUCAUGGAUGCACUGACGUGAUGACCCUCUUGGCUCGUGUAUUGUCCCUCUUGCAAUAA